AUGCCUUUUUUACCCGAGGAAACUCUCAAAACACAACGUGUAGAAAUUUAUUUAAACGAUCUUAAAGAAAGAUUGAAGGAUUUGCGUGUACAACAUGACGAGGUCAUACAAAACUCAGUGGAUAUUAUUAAAGAAAUUGAUGAAGUUUCUUCCGGACUUUUACUGCCACAAAAAAUCGGGAAAUGUUCUAGCGACAAUGUUACCAAAAUAAAAAGACUUAUACAAGAGUUUGAAACGGCAAGAGAAUCGAAUUCAAAAAAGAUGCCAAUAUCCAUCGAAAGUAAAGUAGAUAUCCGUAAAAUUUUACAGAAUUUUGAACAGCUGAAUGAAAGUCAAGUACUUAAGGAGAGCCUUGUGCUUUUCAAACGCGCUAAAGAAUCACUCGAGAAAAUAGAUACGUUCCUCGGUACAAACUUGGAUAAUGUUAUAAUACAAUCAGUGAAUACAAACAAACCGAAUGCUGGACACGCGAUCAUAAGUGUGAACGCAACUGUUGUGGAGCUUAACGGUGUCAAAGAAAGUAUAUCAUUUAACCUAAGCAGAGAUACCAAACAAACGUUUGCCAACUGCGGAAGUAAAAAUGUAACGGAUGAUUCUUUAAAAUUGGCAAAUGACCCUGUCUUAUUCACUAACCCAGCUGAAUUAGCGGCCACUGGGAGUCAAAUAUCAUCCAAUAGCAAUUCUAGUUUAAGGGAUCGCAUAGAUAUGUUUAAUAACAAAGAGGCGCCGCUUGCAAUCGAUUACAAUAAAUUAAAAGAUAUAACGCCAUCCUGCUACGCUUCGUGCUGCAGCAGUCUAACCAGUGUGGACGCCUAUCAAUCUACGGAAAAUUUGUGUGAAUACAAGAUGAUUAAUAAUGAGAGCAAUGGUGUAAACUCUCUAGAAAUUGGUUACGAAGGCGACAAUGAUGAUAGUGAGUACGACUUAUUUGCAACUAAGCGGAAGAAAGACAAAAUUUCCUCUGCAAAUCAGUAGGCGAGAUCGUUUAGGGACCAAAUGCAUGGGGGUAUGUCAGAGCAGUGUUGGGAGUUGUAAAAUAACGUUAUUUCUA